AUGUUUUCGUAUGAAUCAGGGCUCUACAAUGAGCUUUACUUUGUGAGACAAUACUUUUAUAGCGGAAGCUACUCGAAAUUAUUCGAGAUUGAUGCAAGCAGCAUGUCGGAGGGCGGCAAAGAGCUCACAGAGAUCUACUUUGCCAGAGCGAAACGCAUUCAAGGCGCCAGUUUGGAGGAAAUUAAAGCGUGCAUGACCGUCGACACGCCCGGCACUCGAGCAAUGCUUGCUUAUGCCGGAGAGGGCGACUUGUCGAGCAUUGUAGCCGAGCAUGGCUCGUCAGACGGUGCUGUCCAAGUUCUGGGAGCAUUAUCGUUGAUCCAAGACGGCCAGUUGCAGGUUGCGUACGGUCUUUUGGAACAGGCUGAGGAAAACCUGGAAGCUGUCGCACUUCAAGUGUAUAUUUGUUUGGCUCAGGGCGACAUUACUGCAGCAGAGACACUUGUUCAUUCAGCACUCGAUUGGACGGACGAGGAAAUCGUGUUGCAGAUUGCACACGCCUGGGUCAAGCUCGCGCGUGGAGGCUACGAGGCAUACAACGACGUGUUCUAUGUGUUUGAAGAAAUCAGCUCCUCGAGUGCGAGCGCGUUUACGCGUAACUACUUGGCGAUAGCAGACCUUUGUCUGUGUCGGGCAGAGGACGCCGUGGCCCACGUCGAAAACAAUGCCAACAUCGACGAGGGCGACAAUGCUGUUCAAGCUGCAGUGACGAGUGCAAACGCGGCCGUUGCCGGUCAACACACCGGCAAGCAACGGGGCCCUGCUUCGUGUUCUCUUGCCAGUGUACAAAAGGCACUCGCCCUUAAAAGCGCCGAAUUCGAUGCUCUUUGCGAGAGCUUUGCCGCUUAA